GCUGUGGGGGCAUUUCGGUGGUUUCGUCGCUUCAGGCUGGUCUUCUUCUAUUCCCCUCCAUCCCUCUUUCUCCUUUUCUCCCUUCUGAACCCCCAUCCCUUCCACCUCCCCUGCGAUUUCCUCUGUUGCUCCGUCCGAAACAGAGCACGAGAACAGAGGGGGAGAGAUAGAGGGAGAGGAAGAGACAUGGUGGGAGAUAUCAUGGUGUGUGUCGAUAGGAUUAUCGCACCGGCGUGCCUGGAGGCCGGGAAUGGUGGCGGUGGCGGGUACGGUGCUCCGGCGGUAGAUGUUGGAGUGGGAAAAGAGGGGUCUUCCGAGAAGAAGAAGGCUAACUCCAAGAAGAGGGAAGGAGAAGGGGUGGUGACGGAGUGCAGGAUAUGCCAGGAAGAAGGGGAGGAGAGCGAGAUGGAAGCCCCUUGCGCUUGUAAUGGCACCCUCAAGUUUGCCCAUAGGAAAUGUAUUCAGAGAUGGUGCAAUAAAAAGGGGGAUAUAACUUGUGAAAUCUGCAACCAGGUUUAUUCACCUGGUUAUUCCCUGGCCCAGAAAGGAGCUAGUUCUGAUGCCAUGGCCAUUGAUAUCAGACGAAGUUGGGGCACACAGAUUGAUCUUCAUGAUUCCCAUUUUCUGGCCAUUGCUGCUGCAGAGCAGGAGUUGCUACGUGCAGAGUAUGAAGAUUAUGCAGCUGCAAAUACCAGUGGCAUCGCCUGUUGCCGCUCUGUUGCACUCAUUCUGAUGCUACUUUUGCUCGUUCGUCAUGUUAACAUGAUUGCAAGGGACAUUGGGUUGGUGCAGGACGUAUCCGCAUUCUUCAAUGCAUCUCUUCAGUUUGCUGGCCUUUUUCUUCCAUGCUAUGUAAUAGCACAUUCAUGCUACCUUAUACAGAGACGCAGGAGACGACAGGUCUAAGAGGCCAUGGUUUUACUCUAGAGCUUGUCGUUUUCCCAACUGCAAAACUUUUGCGGCAUUAAUGCUUCCCCAGUUUUAAUGCUGAGUCCCCACCAAGAUUGGUCGCUUUGCCUUUUGCAUGAAAGGAGUAGGAACUGAAUUCCUGAGAAAUGGUGGUAGUUGCCCAAAAAUUCUUGCCUCUAGAAAAUGUUUAUGUGAAAUAGUUUCUUGGUGGUUUGUGGUUAAUGUGAUUCUCAAAUCAAUAUAAACAGAAUGAUUUGCUGGUCUUCUUGUUACUCCUAUCUCAAAAAUUGUCACUCUUUCCAAAGAUGUGCAAAAUUGUGUGGUGGUGCUUGAUUGUUGGCA